CUCAGACGACUCUGACGAGUGUUUUGCUCCUGACCGCCGUGUGGUCAGCCACGGAGGCUGCCUGCCAGACUGCUAUAUAAUGCGCGAAUGCCGACUUGACUGUCCUCCCACAACUUGCUUUCUACGGUCUGGUACCGCUACUGCUUUCUAAGUCGCUGGUCGUCUGCUGCUAUCACUACCUUCCAUCUAACAUCUCUCUUGUCUGAGCUUUCGUCCACAAUGUCUCUGCCUGUGCUUGCGGUCUCUGCAUCCUUGGCAAGUCUUGCGCUUGCCGACGUCAUCCCCACGGCUCCGGGCCCAAAUCAGACGUUCAUAGCUGGUUCUAACUGCACUCUGGAGUGGGAUGCUGACACCAGCGGGACGUGGAAGAAUCUGUCCAUAGAAUUGAUGUCUGGCUCCAACGACAAUAUGUCUGCCGUGACCAACGUCGCAUCGGGUUUGGACGGCACUGACUCCAGCCUCUCGCCGUACAACUGGACUUGUCCCGAGGUCGACCCUUAUUCUGAGAUCUACUUCUAUCAGUUCACAAACGGUGGCAACGAGUCGGACUCUCAGUGGACAACUCGAUUCACGAUUGCAUCUCCGUCGAACACAACCGUUUCCCCGGCGUUCUCGCUGCAGCUCAACGGCGACCCGGUUCCAUGGGGUGUCGGUGUACUCGCUUCAUUGAACUUGACGAGCUCGACGUCUGCUUCUGGCAACGCUACCUCUAGCGCACCGUCGUCUACUGCGACCACGGUGACUACGACUACUCAAGCAGAGCAGUCUGGAUUGCCUGCGAUCAAGAAUGUAGCCCAAGCUACUGCGAGCAACAGCCAGAGGGAUGCAAGCAGUCAAGAUGGCGACGAUGGGGAUGAUGACGACGACGACUACGAUGAUGAUGGGGAUGAUGAUGAUGAUGACGAUGACGACGACGAUGAUGAUGAUGGCGACUACGACCGAGCCGCCGAUUCGUCGCACAACAAGUCUUCCAAAGACAGCGAUAACUCGGACUCGAGCAAGCACGGCUCCGACGAGGCUGACGGCGGCGACUCUGGCGACACUAGUGACUCUGGAGACGACACGGACGACGGCAACGACGGCAGCGACGGCACGUUCACCAGUACCAAAACGUUCCACCACAUGCAUGCCACGCAGACACCAGACUCUCAGGACAAGGAAGCCUCGGGUUCUAAGGCGACCGACGACAGCGGCGACGAUGAUGACUCCUCUAUGGACUCCUCCACGUCGUCCUCCCGCAUGGAGAGGCACCACAGCUCGAAGCUCGUCGACGCUAUAUCCACCCGUUCUGACAAUUCUCGUGCUACCGCUACUGGGACCCUCGACCCCACCGUAAGCAUGCCUCCGAAGGCUGCGAGAGUCGCCAAUACCGAUUCGGAUGCGUAUUUCUCAACCUCUUCCUCUACAUCUGGUACAGAGGCCUCCGCGGCCACGGAUGGGUUGAACGACGCCAAGUUGUCUAGCGCUGGUACACCUGGUAUCUCGGCUGCGAUGGGUCCUGCGUGGCUUUACCUGGUCCUCGCCGCUGUGGGCGUUGUCCCUCAGCUGUAAUCAUGGCAUUUCAUGAGCAGUAGUUGUGAGAUUGAAUGGAAUACCGUAUGCGUCGGACUGUCGUAGUACACAGAGAGCAAUGUGCAGAG